GAAGGUGAUUGUACUUUUAGAACAUCUUUGUCCUCCUUUUUGACUUUGUUCUCAUCCUGGAUUGUACAUUUAGGACACUUUUGCUCAUAGUUUUAAAUCCCUCACCCCUCACGGCUUCACCUCGGAACCCUUUUGGCACGAAGCUUCCACAAUCGCUUUCUCUGUAAAAGGACCAUCAUCUCUUAAUCACCCACUCAACACAUGAUUCUAAAAUCAUUUCUUUCCUUUCAAAUUUAUAAAACUCAGAUUCCGAUUCCAUGGCUCGAACUGGAAGAGUCAUUCAAAGAGUUCAGCACGGGAUUUUCUGGUCAUAAGUGCAGCUGUUUAUGAGCCUUUUCUUUGGGGGUUCUUUUUGGCUACGCUUCUCAUCCAUGUUAAAAGUUGGCAAACAUGAUAUUGUAUCUAGAAUUUGAAAAAAUAUGGAGGAGAAAAAUGAUGAUAUGGGGCUUGAUAGACCACCUCCUAAUGCCCUGUGGUGUCAAUCUGGUCUUAUUGAGAAACUGCAGCUGAUUUCUCUGAGUUCUUCAGAAGAAACCUCAAAUUCUAAUGGAUUGAGAACUGAACAAGACCUUGGGAGUUCAGCAUUUCAGAGAGCAUCGCAGACCCUGUGGGACACUGGAAAGCUUGCUGAACCGAUUCCUGAUGGUUUCUAUUUUGUGACUCCUGAAAGAAGAUUCAAGGAGCUUUUUGACACUAUUCCCUCCUUAGAUGAGCUUAAUACUUUGGAGACUGAGGGGCUUAGGCCCAGUGUGAUUGUUGUCGAUACACGUAAAGAUAAGAAGCUUUCCAUGUUGAAGCAGCUGGCAGUCACUUUGGUGAAGGGAUUGAAUUCAAGUCCUACUGCCAUGAUCAAGAAAAUAGCUGGAUUGGUUUGCGACUUUCACAAGAAACCAAAAUUUGGUUUGGAUCAUGUAGAAGGUUCACUUGAAGAAGUUUCCCAUGCAUUGGAUAAUUAUGGCAUCCGUAUGCUGGGUCAUAUCAAGCAUGGUUCAUGUCAUUCUCGGGCAAUUUUAUUCAAAGUUCUUGCUAAUACUGUAGGUCUUGAUAGUAGGCUCAUGGUGGGUUUACCUAGAGAAGGAGUAAUGGAACAAGCAGAUUCAUUCAAGCACAUGUCUGUCAUAGUUGUUUUGAAUUCUGUAGAACACUUGGUUGAUCUUGUGCAUUUUCCGGGCAAGCUGAUACCAAGCUCUGCAGAGGCACUUUUUCUCACUCAUCUCCCUACGGGCGAGAGUGACUCUGCCGAAAAUAACUCAUAUGAUUCACCUACUGAACCAAGCAGUCCUCUCUGUAGCAUUUCAGAUCGAGCAGAUGUUGAAGGUUUACCCCACAGUGAACCGAAUGUAGCAAAUUCGUUUUGGCGGCACAGCCGGAAGAAAGAUAUUGCUGAACAAAGGACAGCCAGUUCAAGUCCUGAGCAUCCUUUCUUUCAAGGACAUGGGAGAUCUUUGCUUGGUGGUUGCAGGGUUUCCUUCAGGGAGUACAACAAUGACCUCAAUGCAUCAAGGUCUGCUGGUACAUCUCCAGUAUAUGCCCGUAGGAGAAGACGGCGUUGUAUUAGCAUGAUACCGGAGAUUGGCGAUGAUACUGUCAGGGCUGUUCGAGCAAUGAAUGAAACACUGAAGAAAAAUCAUCUUCCCAAGGAGCAAAUAAAUUCAACACGUUCUACAAGUGAAAAAUAUGAUAGCUCAGAUAUACAAGAAAGUCUAUCAAGGUUCAAUCCAGAUGACCAUGAUGGGAACCGUGAUAAACCUAUAAAAUAUGGUGUUCAUGGGAAGCAAAUAAGUUCACAUAAGGCAAUCUCACUUCCAUCAUCUCCUCAAUGUUUUGGCAAUCAAGCUUCUCUUAGGGGUGAGGCAAGUACAACAUUUGCCAAUCCUGAUAUGAUGUUAAUAUUCAAUAAAGUGCUGGAAUCAUCAAAGAUUCUGAAGAAGCCAUUGUUACCCUUUCAAGAAUGGAACAUUGAUUUUUCUGAAAUAACCAUUGGAACCCGUGUUGGAAUCGGAUUCUUUGGGGAAGUUUUCUGUGGCACUUGGAAUGGAUUAGAAGUUGGAAUCAAGGUGUUUCUGGAACAAGAGCUGACUGUUGAGAAUGUUGAAGAUUUUUGCAAUGAAAUAUCUAUCUUGAGCCGUAUCCGCCACCCUAAUGUUAUUUUAUUCCUUGGUGCUUGUACAAAGCCUCCUCACUUGUCCUUGGUUACUGAAUAUAUGGAGAUGGGAUCACUGUAUUAUCUGAUCCAUGCAAGUGGACUGAAAAAGAAACUUAGCUGGCAAAGGAGGCUUAAAAUGCUUUGUGAUAUAUGCAGGGGACUGAUGUGCUUACACCGAAUGAAAAUAGUACAUCGUGAUCUGAAAAGUGCAAACUGCCUCGUGAAUAAGCAUUGGACAGUAAAGAUAGGUGAUUUUGGGCUGUCAAGAGUACUGACUACCACACCAAUGACGGAUUCUUCUUCUGCUGGAACUCCGGAAUGGAUGGCUCCAGAACUUAUUCGCAAUGAACCCUUCACUGAGAAAUGCGAUAUUUUCGGCCUUGGUGUCAUAAUGUGGGAGCUAUGCACACUCAAAAGGCCAUGGGACGGUGUACCGUCUGUUCAAGUAGUGUAUGCUGUUGCCAAUGAUGGUCAAAGGCUCGAAAUUCCUAAAGGUCCACUGAGCAAGUUAAUUGCAGAUUGCUGGGCAGAACCAGAUGAACGCCCUACCUCCCAGGAAGUUCUCGCGCGCCUCCAUGAGUGCGAAUGCUUCUUGCUGAGUUAAUUUGGUUCUUUUAAUUUGUGCAAACGCCAUAAUGGUAGUAUUGAGAGUUGUUGCAGGAGAUUUUUAAAUAAAUAUUUCUUUUUUAUGACUGGAUAUUGCUUCAGUUUCAAUAAAAGUGAACUGGUGAAAUAA